UCCGCAAGAGUGGGGAUGAAGAUGCCCAGAGGAACAUUGGCCCCUGAUAAGCUGGUCUGCUGACUCACUGGACACACAAGUUGACAACUUCAGUCACCUGCAAAUACCGGCAAUGGCUCUCCAAGUGUCCUGACAAAAGCAAAUCACCACGCUCUGUUGUGGAUUAUUUAGACUUUUUUCUACCUCUUCUUUUGAUCAUUUUUGCCUUGCCUCAAACCUUCCAAACCAAGCAGCCAGUGGCCGGAGGAUGCUUUGGUCUUCCAACAGAGUAGAAAUUUGUUUCUGAAGAUCUCUGGACCUCAAACUUUUUCUUGAAACCUAACAUCUGCCUUGUUGAAGAUGGACAGUAAGUGUGGUGGUGCUAUGAAUCAGCUUCUUCAUUUCGACCUUCAUAUCGACGAACAUGAACCUCAAAAAGGAAUCCUGGAUCUCCUGGGCAGACUCCGUCCUCGUUGGGAUGCACGGGACAUUCAGAUGAAGAGAUUCACUGAGGGCAUCACCAACCAGCUGAUCGGAUGCUACGUGGCGCCCCUGCAGGAGCCGGGCUGUGUGCUGGUGCGUCUGUACGGCCGGAUGACGGAGCUCUUCGUGAACAGGGACCGGGAGGUGGAGAUGUUUCAGGUCCUCCACGCCCACGGGUGCGGCCCUCAGAUCUACUGCAGCUUCCAGAACGGCAUCUGCUACGAGUUUGUGAGAGGAACCGUGCUGGAUGAUGAGCUGCUCCUGCAACCCUCCAUCUACAGAUUGAUCGCAGCAGAGAUGGGGAGAAUCCACUCCAUUCAGCCAAAAUGCGGUGUCCCUGCUGAACCUCUUCUCUGGACAAAAAUGUCCCACUUUCUCACGCUGGUACAGAGCAGUAACAGCAGCAGCCCGGCGGAGCAGCUCUUCAAGAAAAGUCCCGUGCCCAGCUUUGAGACUUUGUCAGCUGAAAUGGAGUCGCUGAAGAGACACCUCUCGCAGAUCGACUCCCCGACGGUCCUCUGCCACAACGACCUUCUGACUAAAAACAUCAUCUACAACCACAAGGAGGGUAUGGUGAAAUUCAUUGACUACGAAUACGCCGAUUACAACUACCAGGCCUUCGAUAUUGGCAAUCACUUCAAUGAAUUUGCCGGUGUGAACGAUGUGAACUACAGCCGGUACCCGAGCCGGGAGCUGCAGCGGGAUUGGCUGACGGCCUAUCUGCAGAGUUACAAGCAGAGCACAGGACGUGAGGUCACUGUGACAGAGGCAGAAGUUACGCAGCUCUACAUUCAAGUCUGCAAAUUCUCCCUGGCAUCCAACUUUUUCUGGGGACUUUGGGCCAUACUGCAAUCACGGUUCUCCUCCAUUGACUUUGACUUUGAAAGAUAUGCCACCUCACGACUCAACUACUACUUUGAGAAGAAAGAAGAGUACUUUGGAUUGUCACUAAUCUAAACACAGGAUAAAGGACCAACAUUUUUUAAAUCAUACGUACCAUAUCUUUGCUCUGUAAAUCCCAGAGAAGUUACCAAAGCCCUGAUAUAUUGUACUUUUUAAAUUCCCUGGAAACGUCUGCAGAGAAUGACCUUAGAGACGGGCUCCUCAUUGUUUGUUAUUUCAGGCUGGAGUGUGAGAUAACAUGUUUUGCUAUCACUGUGAUUUUUAAAAUAUUUGUUUUCACCACAGUCAGUAUGCCGAUAAGCCUUUCUGGCGACCUGAGAUGAAGAUGCUGCCAGAAACACAUUAAUCGUUCCCACAUUUAGCCGAGGCGCACAAAGCCACAAAAACUGAGCCUGAUCAUAAAAACCAUAAGAGGGUUAUUUUUCCCGCUCUGCACCACAGAUCCUUUUCACUUGUUUACUUUAGCAAGCAGUACAUUAUUUUAACGCAUUGUCUGUAGGGAUAUGUUGUAAGCUGCUUUUAUCUACCUUUAAAGGUCUCCUGUUAUGCUCUUUAAUGGCAUAUGUUAUAGGUCUCAAAUAUAUAAAAAAACAUGUGUCUGACUUGUUUUGCUUUCAUGCAAAUGAGCUGAAGCUGGCCACGCCCCUUUGGAGAUGAAGAUGGCCACGCCCCUUUGGAGCUGAAGCUGGCCACGCCCCUUUGGAGAAGUUUCUAACGGAGAAACUCAGCUAAACGCUGCCGUGAUUAAACGCCAUAUUAUGUUCCAAACCACAUCAAGCAUUAUUUCUGAAACACUUCUCAGUGUUUACCACUAGAACAGAGACAUUAUAUGUAUUAUUAUAUAUAAAACAACUCUAAGUCCCUCCUGCAGACAUCCUGCUGAACACACAGACACACAGAGGUGCUGUGGAGGGGAUUCAGCUCGCUGUAUAUUGCGGACGAUAGGUUGAGACAUGUCACGUGGGCGGGACGUUGCCAGGAGUUCAAUGUAAAGCCAGCCCACAUUUCCGAUAUGACGUCAUAUCUGCAGCAAAUCUGGAUCAGCUCGUUUGGUGCCCCUGUUUUUAGAGAUGUGGGUAAGGGGGAAAAGAGAGAGGGUUGUAUUUUCCGACACUUUGUGAGUCUCCUUACACACCGGGGACACACAUUUAUGUAUAAAAGACAUCAAAAAGUGCAUUUUAAUAGGGGACCUAAAACAGCCUAUGAAGACAGUGUUACAUUGUAUUUUAUUCUGAAUUUGGUCUGUGAAGUCACAAAUGUGUGUAAGAAUAACAAUACGUUUGUACAUCUCCCAGAAAUGCUCAAGGAAAAAAGCAUAUUUGGUUACUAAUGUCUUGUUGCCCGAACAAGGCAAACACAAUGAGGGUAUACCUUUGAUUACUCGUGCUACUUCCCUAUAAUUCUGACUAUAAUCAACUGAAUUACACUGAAACAUAUCUUAAUAAACUGCAGCUGCAAUGUUGUUGUAGAGAACAAUGUUAUUAUAAUAAUGUUCUUGCAGAAUUAAUUAGUUUUGAAUUGCUUUUUACACUUUAGCCUGAGACUAUGGGAACAUCUUGUAUCCUCUGCCCCCCUUGGAUAGCUGUUGUGCAGUAUUAACUUUACCAGAUGUGUCUUUCAAAUGCUAAUCAGUGUAUGAUGCUAAUGAACUAUGUACAGCAGCGCUUCCCAACCUUUUAAGACUCAGGGCCCACUUAAGCAUCCGAGCCACAUUCAACGGUAAACAAUACAGAGGCCAAAUAAAGUUCUCAAAUUACUUUUUAUUUCAUUUAUAAAAGGAGCUGCCCAUCAGUAACAAACAGAAACAAGAAACUAAAAAGUGAGGAGCUGUCUGUAGUAGGCAAAUUAAAAAAAGAAUUCAUUCAGAAAUUGAGAAAUGCAUUCUCAGACAUAACAAUUGCACAUAUGUUACACCAUCAGACAUAGUGAGGUAAAUCACAGAAAAAACCCAAACAUCAAAAGUCAAAAUCCACUUUAUUGUCAAAAUGUCCACAUGUGUUAUUGAAAUACCGUUUCUGGCAGUCCCACAGUGCGAACACAAUCAACAACAUAUAACAUAAAAAGAUCUGAGCCUAAAAAAAGGGGGGGGAGUAAAAAGGGGUAUACAAAAAAAAAAACUAAGUAAUAUAUACCUAUACUAGACACAAUAAAAAAAAGUAAAACAAGUGCUUUAAAUGAAUAGGCCUACACACACAUAACAUAUGUACAGAUGCUGUAAAUGCAGCAUGUAGGCUCAGCCAGGACCAAGGGAUCGCUUGACGUCGGGGUCCCUGAUCAGCCUGUUGGGUGUCUUCUCCCCAUAAUCACCGCCUCGCUGCACAUCAUCCCUUACUUGGAUAGUUUUAGCUGUGGAUGUUUUUAUUUUUUUAACCAAAACCGAACAAUCAGGUGAAUUAUCAAUGUGGUCCCGCGGGAAAGUUCCUACCAUCAACUUUCAAUUUAAGUUUUGAAAAAAACAUUACGUUAAAAAACAAACAGAUUAAUGUUUUGCAAAUGAUUUGGCGGCCCACUUGCAAUGCCUCCUCGGCCCACUAGGGGGCCAGAGGUUGGGAACUGCUGAUGUACAAUACUGUAAUACUAUGAUUCAUAAAUGUCUUAAGUAUUCAAUAAAUGGAGAACUACAA